AUGGCCUGGGCCAGAGGGAAACAUGUCGUGGUUGGGGCCGCCACGCCCACCUCCAUCUGUAUUGCCGAGAUCCUUGACUCAUCAAUCAAUAAAAAUAACAAAACCCUCUUUGUUAACAUUGGUCUAGCUAACGGCAUCCUCCUCCGCACCGUGCUUGACUCUGUCAACGCCCAGCUCACCGAAACGCGCACCCAUAUCAUUGUGCUCUCAUCCCGCACCUGGCUGAACUACACCUUCCAGAACCUGCUGAAUUUUGGCCCGCUGAUCUACGACGCGCUGGACAACGUGCACAGCUUCAGUGCCGAGCUGUGUCCGGAAGGCCUCAUCAGCAUUGACCCCAUGCCCCUCGCGUACACCCCGCGCAAAAUUCUGCUCGACCCAGCCACCAAACACGACAUCACUGUUGAGUCCGAGCACCGCACCAUGGCCCCCGACGUCCAGGUUGCCCGGUUCUCCCUCCAGAAGGCGCACAAAACAGUUUACAAUAUUUUCGACGAUCCCAUUCUUGCCGCUUUCUCACGCACGCAAUGGUCAUUGCCGUCCUGCGCGCCCGGGGAGGAGAGCCGACGCCAGUCGAGCUUGUUGCGACCCGCAUGCGCAUCCUUAUUGGCCCCCGGGGCCCGCUCAAGUAUCUCCAGCGCAUUGGCCUUUGUCGUCAAGGCCGGCCUCCUGGGCCUCCGCCUUGGCGCAUCAGCCGCCGCGCGCGUCCUUCUUGCCCUCCCUGGCGUGCUAGCCAGCGUGCUGGACGUCUUGGCAUCCGCCUUUGUUGCCGUCGCUGCCCUCUGGAUUGUCAACCGUUGA